AGAGAUUAGUGAUUUAUUUUUUAAAUUAUUAUUGGCGGUGCAUCAGUUUAUAGCAGGCGUGGUCAAUAUCCAGAAAAGGAAGUUCGUGUUGACUGACCAUAGUCCGCGGAUUUUUCUAUUAAUUUUGUAUAUUUUCUUAUAGACAUACAGUUUAGCUAAAGAAAAAACAUGGCUGAAAAACACAAUUUUGGAAUCCAGCCUGUGACUUGUCACACAUGGAAUAAAGACAGAACAGGCCUGGCUCUAUCUCUGAACUCAUCUGAAGUUCAGUUAUAUAAAAAGAACGCUAAUAAAUGGCAGCCAACCCAUACUUUAACAGAACAUGGACAGAGAGUAACUAGUAUUGAUUGGGCAGCUAAUAGUAACAAGAUUGUUACAUGUGGGGCUGACAGGAAUGCUUAUGUAUGGACUAUGAAUGAGGAUGGAAGCUGGAAACCUAAUCUGGUUAUUUUGAGGAUAAAUAGAGCAGCUACGUUUGUGAAGUGGUCACCAAAUGAAAGGAAAUUUGCUGUUGGUAGUGGAGCUAGAUUGAUAUCUGUUUCUUAUUAUGAAGAUGAAAAUAAUUGGUGGGUCAGUAAACAUAUCAAGAAACCAAUCAGAUCAACUGUUACAUGCUUAGAUUGGCACCCUAACAGUAUUCUACUGGCUGCUGGAUCUACAGAUUUUAAAGCUAGAGUAUUUUCUGGUUAUAUCAAAGAAUAUGAUACAAAACCUGAUGCAUCUUCCUGGGGAACAAAGAUGACAUUUGGUACCCUCUUAGCUGAACACUCCAAUGGCAGUGGAGGUUGGGUUCACUCUGUGUCCUUUUCUCCAAGUGGUGAUCGAUUGGUGUGGGUAGGACAUGACUCUAGUGUCAAUGUGGUUGAUGCUGCUAAAGAAUCCCUUUUGGCGACAGUUAAAGGAACAUUUCUCCCAUUUAAGAGUGUUACAUGGGUUACAGAGAACAGCCUCGUAGCUUCUGGCUAUGAUUGUAAUCCCAUGUUAUUUACUUAUGAUAAUGGUGGAAAAUUAAACCUAAUAAAGAAAUUAGAUGAAGCCCAGAAGAAAGAAUCUGGAACAAUGAGACAAGACAGCUAUAAUUCCAUUAGUUCAUUUGAUCUCGAUAAUGAAAAUAACUCAGAUGAAAACGAGGAAGAAUAUUCAGUAUUCAGUGCUAUGAAUCGUUUCAAGAGUCUGGACUCGCAUGCCACUUCUGGUGACUCUUCAAGUGAACUAAAGACUCAACACCAAAAUACAAUCACUCAGGUGUGUAUUUUCUCAGGAACUAAAUCUAAUUGUAGUAAAUUCUCAACAUCAGGUGUAGAUGGUAAUAUUAUUAUCUGGGAUGUUAAGAGUUUAGAGAAGAGCAUUGCUGGGCUAAAAAUAGCCUAAGCAUAAAUAAAGAUGCAAAUUAAUAGUUGAAACAAAUGCUUUCAUUUUUUAAAAAUUUUACUUUCUUUAAAAGUGCACAGUUAUGACACGAAAUAGUUUUUUAUAUGCUAAUAGUUAAGGGAGGCAAGUCUUUAACUCAGUAUCAUCCAGCUUUGAUAUUGCAAACAAGACUUAUUGGUCACUUUAAAUCAACAUUGAUGUUGUUAUCUUACCAUGAAAAGAUGGCCUACUGAUAUCCAAUAUUCAAUAUUGGCACGCAAAUCGUGUGCCAGAAUGCUUUCGAGUGCAAUUUGUAAUGAAACGACUUGAUGAACAAGACUAAACAUAUCCCAGAGGAGAAUACUACCUAUGUAGACUGGAAUAACCAGACACCAAAGACUAGUGCCAUUCAAUUUGCACUCUUCGCUGAACAUAAUUGAUUAAAAUUACAUUAAAAACAAAAAUCUGAAUGUAAAUCAGUUUAUAUACAAUCAUAUUACAUUAGUAAGUGCAUUGCGACUCAUUUGUGUCCAUUUCUAGGUGCCAAAGAAUAGAGAUUUAGCUCCUUUAACUAUUAUAACUGUGAAUUCUUCUUCUGUUUAAUAUAAUAUGUCCAUUAUAAGGCUGCAGUUAUUUCCAGAAAUUUUCACUUUAUUUAAUAAAAAACUGACUGUAUAGUUUGAUCAUAAGUUAAUGGUAGUGUCUGUGCUAUACAAUAAAUACAGAUUAUUUACAUCUAA